AUGAAACUACUACUCUCAAUCUAUUUAGUGCAUGUGCAGGAAGAACCUGAACAGUUACAGGUAGAUGAGGUAGAGCCACUGCAUGAACAACCGGAAGAAGACAUUGUAAUUGAUUUAUUUGUUUGUGUUUUAGUUUCUGAAACUUAUCCGUUUGUAGAGUUUUUUAAGUUGAAUGAAUGGGUGUUCAAAAUGCUCAAAGUAGUUUCCAGUGUGCAAAGAAGUACUUUAAGGGACUCAAAUUGCUCUGUUAUAUACGUUUUUCUAGUAGAUAUGUUUCCAUACGAAUCACCAGUUUAA